AUGUCAAAUACUUCAGAGGAAGAAGAAUCAAAGUACCUUGUGACUGGCAUGGCAGUAAUGAGUGGGAACAAUAGCGCCAUCGCUUCAGCUACAAAGAAGAGAAGGAACCCACCAGGAAAUCCAGAUCCAGAUGCUGAAGUUAUAGCCCUUUCUCCAAGAACUCUUAUUGCUACUAACCGUUACAUAUGUGAAGUGUGCCAUAAAGGCUUUCAGAGAGAUCAGAACCUUCAGCUCCAUAGGAGAGGCCAUAACCUGCCAUGGAAACUGAAGCAGAGAAGCAGCAAUGAGGUGAAGAAGAAGGUUUAUGUCUGCCCAGAGAUCGCCUGUGCUCAUCAUGACCCAACUCGGGCUCUGGGAGACUUGACUGGAAUCAAGAAGCACUUUUCAAGGAAGCAUGGAGACAAGAAAUGGAAAUGUGAUAAAUGUUCAAAGCGUUAUGCUGUGCAGUCGGACUGGAAGGCCCAUUCAAAGAUCUGUGGAACAAAGGAGUAUCGCUGUGAUUGUGGAACCAUCUUCUCCAGAAAGGAUAGUUUCGUUACUCACCGAGCCUUCUGCGAUGCUCUGACUGAAGAGAACUACAGAACUAACCAUGGCCUUGCAACCAUGGCUGGGAACUUGUACAGCCAAUCACACAACAUAUUCUCUCGCACAAUGCAAUGUCAAGGCUCCUCAAUCAAUGCGAACACAACCAACAUAUCUGGUUCUGAUCAGAACUCGAACAACGCAUUGAAAUCUCUCUCACAUAAUCAUUCUGUACUAGCAAACUCUGACAUUCUUUUCAACGAUGGAAAUUUAGGAAUCUCUAAUGUACAGUUCUCUGGAGGCUCUAGGAGCCUAAGUAUGUCAAUGGGGUCCUCAUUUAUGUCUGCAACUGCGUUACUUCAGAACACAACAGAUAUGGGAACUAAGGCCGGUGAUGAAUCUAUCUCUCCAAUGAUUCUAAGAGGUUUUACAGGCUUCCCAAGUAACACAAGGCCAAGUGGAUCUCUGCAAGAUACCAUAAACAGAUAUAACAGUAACAAUGCUCUAUUAUGCCUGGAUACAGCAGAAGUGAGCUCAUAUGAGGGAAUUCAGAGCUCUCUUCAAAUGAGCUCAAAAGCCAGUGGUGGUAAUGCUUCUGGCUUUAGAGAAGCAAGUUUUGUUCAAUUUCCAGUUGCUGGAGAGAGAAAGAUCAGUUCAGUACACAGAAGAGAUGCAGGUGAAGAGACUGGAGAUAGGAGGAAGGGAAGGAUGACCAAGGAUUUCUUAGGCUUGGGAGCUUCUGGCAGUGCGAGUGUUAGCAGUUCUGGAAACACAAACUACUUUGAUAACGAAUGUAAGGAAGCUGAAACCUACCAGAGUUUUCUAGUUUUCUGUAGGCAAGUUAUUAUGUCCUCUUUAUGUACUUACAUGGAUUUCUCUAUAUACUUUCAGAGUCUUUUUGUUGCAGAAGCUAUUGGCCAUUCAAUUCUCGCUGUUUGGAUGUUCCCAGAGGUGGUUGCUUGCUGUCCAAACGCUCCAAACAGCAGUUUUCACUGUUUGGAUGCUCCCGGAGGCUGCGUGGCUGCUGUCCAAGUUGCUCUGGAAGACUCCUUUGCUGUUCAAGGCGCUGUCAAGCCUCCAAACCACUGUUUGGGAGGUUUUGAAGGCUUGCUUUGCUGUUUGGAAACUUCCAACAGCCUCCUUUUUUCCACGGACUCACCGGAGUUGAAGGAGAAAGGGGGAGAAGCCACAAACUUUGCAGAUUUUUGA